AUGGAGGACGAUUGGAGUGGCGACGGGGGGAUGUCGAACCUCCCGCUCCUGGAGGAGCCGAGUGCGUCGCGUUUGCCGUGCUCUGUGCGGUUUCGCGCCUUUUCCGACGCGGUCGACAACCCCGCCGCACGAGCGGCGGCGUGGCGUGCGGCGCCGCCGAACAGUUUCUGCGUCCACAAGCGACGCAGACUGGACGACUUCGCAGGCUGCGAGGGCGAGGCGGUGGUGCGGCCUCUUUUGCGCGUCCUGCGCGACCCCAUUGCGGUGGCGCGGCGGCGCUUUGAGACGCUCCGCUGGUAUGACGAACCCCGCGGCGCGGAGGAAAUUCGCGCCCGCGUUGAGCUUGACAGGCGGCUCGGGGUCAAGCCGAGCCUGGCCGCGCUGCAUCAGGCGUUGAAGCGGCUGCGAACGCUGCACCAGACGACGCUGAUCGCGGAUCUCGCGGAGGACCUCGUGAUGGAUGCGCCGGCGAUGUCUGUCUAUACGCUCCUGCAAAUUGUGGAGGGGCUUGAAGGGGAGCCCCAGCGUGCCGCCUCGCUUCUCUUCUCCUUGACGCCUUUAGUUACAAACGGUACCGUGCCGACAAGCGUGUGGUCCUCGCUCUGCUGCGAACUGGAUACUGUGGCGCGGCAGAUGCCAGCGCCCCUAGAGCGGUCGGUAGUUGACCUCUUUGGGCAGCUGUUUUACCGGGUCCGGGACGAUGGCCCUGUGAACGGGUCUAUUGUGGUGUAUUACGGUCAGGCGCUGCUGAAGAGCCGCGCGCCGAUUCGCAGCGUGGUGGGAUUUGUGCAGACCGAAUUACUAAGCGGACGCAACACGCCACCGAGCUACGGCGUAUCAGAGCUUCGACUGAGCGCAUUUCUUAGUGAGUUGAUUCAGGUCUUGUCUGGUCGCCCGAGCGGGGGUGCGGACGAGCGGGAGGAGGGGCCGCCGCUUUCCGCGCGCGAGCGGCUCUUGUGCUGCAGUGACCUUGUCAAGCAUGCGUACGCGGGGCGACUUUCUCUGAAUCAGAUCGCAUUUGACGUGCUCUUGCGCUUCUGCGACGAGCAGCGGGAGUACAACCUCCUUUGCAUCCUCUUUCUCGCCAUGUGCGCACUCUCCACGCCGACGCUGCUCUCCGUCACCCGCGUCGCGGAGGUGCUGUGUGACGUGGAGGAGCUCUUCUGCCACUUGGCGGGCGUCCUCGGCCAGCCCGUCUCGCGCUGGAUGCUGUACCUUUUGGUGCGCCACGGAAAGUCGAGUCUCUUUUCCCCCGUCAAUCGAAAAAGGACCCAUCGCGAGGCCCUUGAGUUGCACUUGUGUGAGUGCCUGGCGCGCUUGUGCGCACGCGACAGGGACGCCUCGCUCUGCAUGGACGUUUUUGACGCGACCGUUGAGUACGGGAACCCGGCGGGGGCGCACGCCUUUGUCUGCGCCUUGGCGCGUGCGCUGGGUGCGGCGCAGCUUCCCUUUGCUGGGGCGGCGACGAAGAUGGACGUGGCGGCGUUGGAGCCCUUUAACAUCGAGACGUUGUACUACGCACUAGAGCCGGCUGACGUGAGACUUGAGGAGUUCCGCUCCUUUAUCCGCGAGCGACCCGCGGCGUUUCUCUUCCCGUCCCGCAAAGGGGGUGGUGUGACGCUGGAGCGCGCCCUCGCCGUCCUGUUGGAGUCGCCGCAGGUGUACGGCACCGUGCUGGACGCAAGUGCGGUGUGCGCCCUCGCCGAGUCACCAGCCCUCGCAGAGGCGUUUGUGAAGAUGAUGGGCGGAUACGCGGCCAAGUCGGGGGCGUUUGCGUUUGUGCCGUUUGAGGUCUCCGCCGCGACGCAGCUGACGGAGGCCGGGCGGCGGCUGCUGCUCGCGUGGCUGGCAAAGCACAGCUGGCUAAUCCUGCUGCCGCUUUCCUCCGCCGUCCAGCUCCUGCCAGUCGCCACUUCCUCUGCAACGCUGACAUCGGCCUCACCGCAGCAGCAGCGGCAGCCGCCGUCGUCGUUCUGGUCGCCGUGUGUUCUGUUGUUUCACGCAGUACGCCGUGUGGGGCACAAGAAGGUAGCAUUUGUAACCGCCGCCGCUCCUGUUGCGGAGCAGGCGAAGGCGGAGGGCGUGCAUCCCGUCAUCACGCUUGACGAGCUGAAGGCACGCCUCGGCCUGCAGUAA